GCACUAUCCAAUGUUUUUAGGAUGACGUUUUGAAAUCGACACAACAAGAAAAAGAGGAAGUGCACUGUAAAAUCUCAGAAGUCGCACUCGGACUUUACAGUCUCUUUAAAGCCACAGGAGUGACGUGAGUCAGGACGCUACAGUGAAAACUACAAUCACACUUGCUGGACGAGUCAACGAAAGACGCAAUGAUCGAUCUGUCAUCUGUAUCCGUGACCUGGACCUUGGUGGUGCUGCUCAUAACCCUUCUGUUUAUUUAUGGUGUCUGGCCACAUGGGAUUUUCAACAAACUGGGAAUUCCAGGACCAAGGCCUUGGCCAUUCCUUGGCACAUUUCUCUCAUAUCGAAAAGGUCUUUGCAAUUUCGAUAUGGAGUGUGCAAAGAAAUAUGGAAAGAUGUGGGGGAUCUUUGAUGGAAGACUCCCAAUAUUAAUGAUCACUGAUCUGGAAAUGAUCAAAGCUGUUAUGGUGAAAGAAUGCUAUUCCACCUUCACCAACAGAAGGGAAACAAAUGAAAGCGUGGCCGGCCUUUUUGCUGAUGGAAUAACUUUAGUUAAAGAUGAGAGAUGGAGAAGAAUCCGUAGUUCUCUCUCCCCAUAUUUCACAAGCGGUCGACUUAAGGAGAUAUUUCCUACAGCGGAGAUACAUGCUGAGCGUUUUAUAAAAAAUAUGCUGAAGAGAGACCAGGAGCAGCCAGUUAAAAUUAAAGAUGCUGUCGCACCAUACAGUUUGGAUGUUGUCACCAGCUCUUCUUUCAGUGUUGACAUUGACUCCUUAAACAACCCUGAUGACCCGUUUGUUACCAAUAUUAAGAAGUUUUUCCAGUUCAGUCUGUUCAGUCCAUUCAUUUUGAUAUUAACUUUUUUUCCCUCCGUUGCAAUUCUCUUGUCCAAAAUGGGUAUAACUCUUUUCUCAAAGUCAUCUAUGGAUUUUUUCUACAAUGCUCUGAGAAAGAUAAAAGACGAGCACAACAAAGAAUCCAAUGGGCGGGUAGACUUUCUAAAGCUCAUGAUCCAGAGUCAAAUAUCUGAUGAACAAGCUGUGGACACCACAAGUGAACAACCAAUUAAAGGUCUUACCGACCAUGAGAUCCUCUCUCAGUCCUUUGUUUUCAUCCUGGGAGGUUAUGAGACAACAAGUACAACUCUGAGCUUCCUCCUCUAUAAUCUCGCAACUAAUCCAGACUGUCUGCAACAGCUGGUUGAGGAGAUUGAUACAAACUUUCCCCUCAAUAUGCCUGUCACAUAUGAUGCAUUAAUGAAAAUGGAUUUCUUGGAAAUGGCCGUCAAUGAAUCGCUGCGACUUUUUCCUACUUUCCCACGCUUAGAGAGGACCUGUAAGAAAACUGUAGAGCUCAAUGGCGUCACCAUACCCCAGGGCACUCUGGUUGGAAUUCCUACAUAUGUGUUAAACCGUGACCCACAACUCUGGGAAUCCCCCGAUGAGUUCAGACCAGAGAGGUUCAGUCCAGAGAGUAAGUCAGAGGUUAACCAGUAUGCUUUCAUGCCUUUUGGACUCGGGCCCCGAAAUUGCAUUGGAAUGAGAUUUGCUCUGAUGAUCAUGAAACUUCUUGUCGUGAAGCUGCUUCAAAACUUCACUGUGGAAACAUGUAAAGAGACGCAGAUCCCUCUUGAGAUGAAUGUAAUUUUUCAGCCUAAGGUGCCCAUCACACUGAAGUUCACACCAAGAUCUCACAGGGACGGAGAAGAAUAGUUAUAUACUGUAUAUUGCAGAGGAGAUCUCAAAAUGACCUAGACUCAAGAUUUUUAGAAGUAACUUUAUCAGUUUUAAGAUGUUAAUUAAGCUUUUCAUCUGCAGAUAAAACAAAGCAUUAUUGUUUACUUUUAACGUAAGUGAGUAAUAAAGACUGAACAUCUUUACACACACUGCAGAAAAUUGCUAUUUGUAUUGACAGUUAUUUUAUAGCAAUAAAGUUUUCUGUCAUUUAAUUACAUUUAUAAUAUAGUCAUAUGAUUCCUAUUUUUACUGCGCAUGUUUUAAAAUAGUAAUGAUUGAUUUAACCUGUACUUAACACAUGAUUCCACUCAAAUUGGUUGCUUGUCAAACGAAUUAUGCACAAUCUGCUACAAAUAUCCCCUAUUUAAGAUAUUUGUAGAUACUAGUAAAUCCUGUGACUGAUGCAUCCCUAUGAGCUCAUCAAUGAUUGUGUGGUUCACUUGUCGUUAUUAAAGUGUCUUUCAAAGCA